AUGGCUGACGUGGAGUCGCAGCAACGAGAGGUGCAGCAGCAUCCUAACCUUCACCUGAGCCCCGAGGAGCGACGCCUUUUCGGCCAACUGUUUUCCGCCGCGGAUACCGAAAAGAUUGGUGUGGUAACGGGAGAGGUGGCAGUGAAGUUUUUCGAAAAGACACGACUACCGCCGGAUGUGCUAGGAGAGAUCUGGCAAAUUGCGGACAGCGAGAACCGGGGGCUACUCACACCUGCUGGAUUCGGCAUUGUUCUGCGAUUGAUCGGAUACGCUCAGGCAGGACGGCCAGUCUCAGCUGAGCUUGCAUUGAAACCUGGUGGACCUCUGCCUAAGUUCGAUGGCAUCACAGGACCUCCAGGACUACCACAGGCGCAGCCACAGGCACAGCCUUUGCAAGCUCAAAACAGUGGCCCCAUCAGAGUUCCUCCGUUGACUCCGGACAAGGUUGCGCAGUAUUCAUCUCUCUUCGAAGAGUCGGGUGCGCAAAAUGGAAUACUAUCAGGCGAAACCGCAAAGCAAAUAUUCGAGCGAGCCAAGCUGCCUAACGAUGUGCUCGGACGCAUAUGGAACCUUGCAGACAGGGAGCAGAAAGGGCAUUUGGGGCUGACGGAGUUCAUCAUUGCCAUGCAUCUUCUGGCCUCCUACAAGAACGGAUCUAUGCGCGCCCUACCACAGAUACUACCCUCCGGGCUGUACGAAGCGGCAGCCAGACGAGGUGUUGCGCGACAAGUAACAGGCUCCCGACCAACAUCGGAUGGCUUUCCACCAUCUGCGGUACCCAAGCAGUUUACAGGCACAGGAUAUCCAGCCCAAGCGUCACCUGCAGCUCGCCCACAGCAACCACCCUUUCAGCAACCGACUUCGACUGGAGAUCAAUGGGCUGUCAGUCCUCAAGACAAAGCACAGUUUGACCGGAUUUACGCUACUGUUGAUACACAAAACCGCGGAUACAUAACAGGAGAGCAAGCAGUGGGCUUCUUCAGCAACUCCAGGUUACCGGAGGAUGCGCUUGCGCAGAUUUGGGAUCUCGCCGAUAUCAAUUCCGAGGGCCAGCUCAAUCGAGAUGAAUUUGCGGUAGCAAUGCACCUUAUCAAGCAACAGCGUAGUAAAGGAGAUGGCAGAGAUGUCCUACCACAAAGUCUGCCUGCCAAUCUAAUACCACCAAGCAUGCGUCGUCAGCCUAUAGCGCCGCAGCAGCCCACCGCCCCGGUCUUUGAUAAUGCUGCAAACAUUAGCGCGCCAAAAUCGGCGUCCGAGGAUUUGUUUGGUCUCGACGCAUUCUCGGCCCCAUCAUCUCCACCAUCACAGCCGCAGACUAGGACGACUGGCGACUCUGCGUACACUGCGACACCACCUCGAAAUACAAACUCACCAGUGCCUCAAGCAUUCCAGCAACAACAAUCACAGCCUCAGCCAUUCCCACAACAACAAUCGCACUUUAAGCCAUUCGUCCCAUCGUCAUCUUUUGGGCAAGCUAUGAUGACUCCUCAAGGCACUGGUACAUCAGCAAGCACAGCCAGUCCUGUGGUGCAGAGCCGGGGUCUCCCACAGCAGCAACAAAAACAGCCCUCUGCCAUGGAUGAUCUACUCGGAGACAACGAUCCUGAAGUCAGCAAAAGGCUCACUAAUGAGACAUCGGAGCUUGCUAAUCUAUCUAACCAGGUCAGCAGCUUGACUGGUCAAAUGCAAGAUAUCAAAACAAAGCGCAGCUCUACGGAGCACGACUUGUCUCAAGCACAAUCGCAAAAGCGAGAUUUUGAAGAUCGUCUCACUCAGUUGCGAUCUGCGUAUGAGCAGGAGGUUAGAGAGGUCCAGGCGCUGGAGGAACGUCUGAGAGGCUCUAAGGGUGAGACACAGAAGCUUCAACAAGACACGGCAAUGAUCCAAGGCACCCACGAGGAUCUUCAGAAUCAACAUCGACAGAUCAGCGAUGCCUUCCGUAUGGAUCAGAAUGAGAACUCUAGUCUGAAGGAAAAGAUUCGCCAAACAAACGCAGAGAUUAGCGAGAUGAAGCCGCAGCUUGAGAAGAUGCGAUCUGAUGCCCGACAGCAGAAGGGUUUGGUAGCGAUCAACAAGAAGCAGCUCGCUACUAACGAAGCUGAACUGGAGAAGGCAAAGGCCGAUCUAGAGACGGCUACAAGAGAACACGAGGAAGCUGCGCGAGAGCUGGAGCAGAGUAAACGCGACCUGGAGGCUUCUUCUCAAGCUGUUUCUGAAGCGAAAUCUCAAGUUCGAAGUCCGCCAGCCGCAGUAGCCAGUCCUGCUCCAUCCACCGCAAGCAUGAACCCUUUCUUCCGUCGAUCUUCCAACGCCACAACCGAGAAGGGUAUGUCCCCCUUUCAGACGCAGGUUGUUGCAUCCCCCAAUCACAACGCCUUUGACAGCUUUUUUGGGCCUUCUCUUGGUUCGUCGAAUCAGACUACUGGCCAUCCACCGUCCACCUCUUUCAAAGACGACCCCCCUAAUACCCACCGUGAAGCACCUGAGCAAUCAAUGGCUUCAAACCAGUCUCAAAACUCGUCAUACGGUCCAGACAUUCCCACUCCAUCGGGUUCGCCGCCGCCUCUGUCUAGUUUUAGUGAUUCCCCUCAAAUCAUCAGCGAGCCGCCGGCGCCUCCGCAGUCUCGACAGAUCACUUCCAGUUUUUUGCCAUUUCGACCUAGUGUGGAGCGCUCUGACUCCGAGAGUCCAUCAGUGAGAGCUAAUCCUCCUGCAAGCCGCAUCGGUGACAGGUCCGAGUUAGAGGGGUCGACAGAAAGGCAGACUUCGACCGCUGAACCUUCCAUACCCGAAUCACCAAGGCAGCACUUCGCAGAGAUGGCUGCGAAGCCUCCUCAGGCAGAAGCAUCGCGAUUUGCCCCACCGUCUUCACAGCAGACCCCCACGGCGUCCAGUGAAGGCAUUCGACAGCAAGAAGUUGCCGUUCCCGAUGAGAUGGCUGAGUCCUCUGGUAUGCCAAGCGCGACCAGGGAUGUUCCUGGUGCGUUCCCUGGGGACGAGACGCCUGAGCCUGAGCCCAGCUUCUACCAAUCUGUCAAGACACCGUACAGUAGCUCGAAGCUUGAUCCUCGCGUCGACUCUGAACCCCGAGGCGGUUUAGUGGGGUCUACGAAGGAGCCAUCAAACAACAUAUCUGAAGGUGUAUCAGCUAGCAAUGAUCCUUUUGCUAGGGCCAGUGACGAUUCGCGUACUCCUGUCACUGCCAAACAUGACUUCGACUCGGCUUUUUCGGGUUUUGGGGACGAUGUAGAAGCGCCAAAGCAGAGUGAUAGGAGCAUAACAGCUAAUGGCUUUGAGUCGGCCGAGCCACCCAAGUCUCAUGGCGAGUUUCCUCCGAUCCAGGAGUUCGGUGCAGAAGGUGAGAGUGAUAGCGAUGAAGAUCCUGGCUUUCGUGACAACUUCACAGCUCACUCUGCCAAUCGCGCUGCGGAGUCUGGACCCAACCAGGCCUUACAGGCUCCACCUGCAUCCGAUGGUAUCGGGAUGGCGCCAACUCGUCCUCCUUUUGGUUCUACUGACACCAAUACCAGUCAACUGCCCACGCCUGGCGCUCAGACAUCGCCACCAACAUAUGAUCAGACAGUGGGAUCUCCACUUGGUGAAGCUGGUCAUCGCAAAGAGUCGAACCAAUUCCCGGCAGAGUAUAGCGGCCUACUACCUUCACGUGCUGAUCCUACCUCGUCUACAAACUCGCCACCUCUGCAAUCAGCUGCCGCAUCGCCCGUUGCCUCAACAGCUGGCAUUGAUAGAGGCCUGAACUUCUUCGGCGAAGACACAACGGAGCAAGCAGCAGGCCAUGCCACCAUCGGCUCCUCAUUCUCACACGACCAUUCCCCAAUGUCUCCGGGCGCCUCAACAGCCGCACCUUAUGCCUACACUCACACAUCAUCGCCGCCACAACAGCAAUCCCAGACUACUAAUCCUCCAGUCCCAGCCAAAGCUCCCAUGCACGACGAUUUUGAUGACGAAUUUGGUGAUCUUUCCGAAGCAAAAGAAGCUUCCGAAAAAGGCGAUGAUGACUUUACCUCUGCCCGUCACAACGAUUUUGAAGAUUUCAACCCCGUGUUUGACUCACCCGCGGCAUCGCGUCAUACAGCGCAAUCCUCAAGCACGUUCCCCAACAAUGACUCCUUCGCGGAUUUUGAAUCCUCCAUGACGGGCGCCGGUUCCUCUUCGCGUCAACAACAAGGGGUACAACAGACACCAUCACAUGACUGGGAUGCGAUUUUCUCUGGAUUGGACACGCCGCAGAACAAUGGCGUGCCAGGUGGACAUGGCAAUGGGUUUCCCAGUCCGCCGAGGGAGCAAAGUGGGAAGGCCGCAGAGAAGGCGGCAACGAAGAGGACGAUGACGGAAGAUACAACAAUGGACGAUCCGAUUUUGAAGGACCUGACUGGGAUGGGGUAUCCGAGAGGAGAGUCAUUGCAGGCGUUGGAGAGAUUUGAUUAUAAUCUUGAUAAGGCUGCAGAUUUCCUCGCCUCCAAGUCGUAA